AUGGCGGGCGAAGGCGGUACGGGUAAUUUUCUUAGCGCAGCUCUCGAUUUCGACCUCAAUGAGGAGUAUCAUGAUCUUCCAGACUGCCAACUGCCCAAUGCCCCGAUUGAUCUAACCGGGGACCGCGAUGCGGACGGGGAAUUCGAGGCAGCUGUUGGGGGCGAUGUGUUCCUGGAUGCUCAGGAGGAAUUUCCGGCCUCGAACCCUGAAGUCGGGAUCGAGGGAAAUGUGGCUGAGGGCGGAUUUCCGAGGGGCGGAAUUCCGAGGGGGGUGUUCAUUAAUCUCGCGGACGAUGACGAGGACCUCCACCGAGCGUUGUUUGAGGAGAAUUGGGAGGAAAAUGCUAGCCGAAGCCCAACCUCUGAAGAUAAUGCCACCUGUCGAAUUCUUUUUGUGGAACCGGCCCGUGGCAAUGUGAACGGCCCAGAAUCAGAGGCAUCGCCCCAUGGAAGUGCACAUGGUGUCGGAUCGUCGGCUGCGCCCGCGGGAAAUGCUGAGGGACAAGAACCACAGGUUGCGCCACAGGGAAAUGCGGAGGGGCAAGCAUCGCAGGCCGCGCCUCAGAGAAAUGCAGAUGGGCCAGCAUCAGCUACGCACGAGUCAGUUCGAAAACAGGCCGACGUGGCCAGCAGGAUUCGCCGCGCAAAGGUCCCCUACGAUUAUCUCGCGGCGAAAACCAGAAAAGACUACAUCCUGUAUUGGCUGCACUACAAGUGGUGGGUCAUCAUGUUCAUGUCAACGCUGCCCAAGACUGAGGUUCCGGCGGCGGAGCGUCUGGACCCGCUGAAUCCUGACGAGGUUGGAAGCCAUCUGGGGAACGACAAAAAGGCGGAGUGGUCAACUGUGGAUUUGGAUGAAGUUUAUCUCCACGGGCCCCGUGUUACUGGAUGGAGGAUUCAGAGGUUCCUGCGGUACAUGGCAGAGGAAACCCCCGCGCAGGCCGAGAUGAUGCGGAGAGUGGUGGCUGGAAAGGAGCCCAUCCCUAGUACGCCGAGCAUGAUGAAGGCAAAGAUGAGCGCUUUGGGCUUCCUGGGUAGACUUGAAGCUCGACUCUACGACUACCCGAAGGCCCAAGCAGAUGAGUACAUCGGCGAAUCGCGGGAGUACAUGAAGCUCAAGCUGAAACAGCUGCACGACAAGCAGGUGAUGAUUCAACUCGCACACCAAAUGUUGGGGAGGGGAUGCAGCAUUCGUUCUCUACGAUUCGCGAACAUGUUUGUCCGCCACACGCGUAGCAGCACGGCCGUCCCCGACCGCCAGAAGGAUCUCCCUGUGGUGGUUUUCGCCUCUCGAAAGUCCAAGACGAAUGCGACCAACAGGCUGACCCACCAAUUCUUGGCCCGGCACAUCAACUUCGCGCUCUGCGGUGUUGGUGGUCUUUUUCUGUGGAUUCAUUUCGUCUACGACCUCGUGCCACUGCGAUUCGGAGCGGACAUCAUUCCGCCACUGGACUUCAGCGACCCCCUUCAGUGGUCUAAGAAGCACAUUUUCUUCCCAUUGAGGCACGGAAGGGAACAACUGCAGGAAGAGCUUCCGUACGUGACUCACAACAACUGGAUUAAUUGGGUCAUGAACGACGUAGCGCGACCGCCCUGGCGGAUUAGCAAAAAGACCCAUGCGUUUCGCCGAUCGGGAGCCCAAGGCCUGAGUGACGAUCGCUGUCCCGACCCCGACAUCAACGCUCUCGGCGGCUGGGAGCAGGGCGAGAUGCGAAAGUCCUAUGUCGUGGGCGUUCCGUUUUGGCCGGUCUUGAUGAUGGCCGGAUUCAGUGGGGAGCCGGGAGAUUACUACAUCGGCAGAGCGCACGCUAAACUCGACAACGACACCGAGUGGAAACAGUUGCAAGACCUCUUCAAGCUGUUCAUCUUCCCGCGCCUCGAAUCUGAUUUGGCAAAGGUCGAUAAUUACAACCGCGAGAAUCCGGAUAAGCCGCACCACUCUGGCAGAAGUUUUUUGGAGGCUCUUGCAAACCCUGGGCGAGACAUCGUGGCACAGGACCUUGCCAUGUGGUGGUUCUACUGCCCCGAUCACGACCAUCUUUUCGACGGUACAAGACGGCCAUGCCAGUGCCCGCGCCACCCGUACACGGACAUGAAUCCGCUCUGCCGCCACCAUCUCUUCCAGAAAUGGGCCAUCAAAGUGGCAAUCAUGCACAAGGCUGGCAUUGAACUUCGUGAAGCCAGAGGCACCUCUGCAGCCGCUGAUGCGAUCUACAAGCUGAACUCAUCCCGAAAGUACCAGAAGCUCCUCGUAGAGAACAACCUGUGGCGGACGGAAUGUGGUCAGAAGGAUCACGAGAUUGGCGUGCUGAAGAACAGGCUCGCUGAAACCGAAGAGAGGGAGAAGAAGACGGCCGCUGAAAACAAGCAGCUCAAAGAGGAGCUGGCUGCUCUAAAGGCGCGUGCAGAGAGCAGCGCGAACGCACAGGCCGCUGAUCGAGGGUCGGGCUCGUCGGCAAAGGAGGAAGCUGGUGGGGAGGCUCCGAAGCCUGGGAAGGCACAAGCCAGCACUCCAGUGCGGGCAUUUUUCGACCUUGUCGUUAAACCCUGGCGGGACUCGGAGUCGGUCGCAAAGGCAUGGGAGCACUGGGUGAAGGUGACCUUUUUGAUGGAAGGGAAGACUCUCCGCCAGCUGUCGUCAGAAAAAAGUUUCUACCCCACUUUCUCGUACAUUGAGAAGGGUGUGAAGGACGAUGCUGGCGACAAAAAAAUGAAGCGCAUGAGGAACGUGAUGCUCGCGGUCGAGAAAUACAGGGCUAACGAAACAGAGGAGGCCACCCGAGAUGCCAUUGCGAAGAUCGAGAAGGGCGUGGUGGGUCGGAGUUCGAUUAGCGCACUGGCGGAUGGGGUGAUUCUCGGAAACGAGCCACCUCCGAAGAGGGAUAAUCCCGGCAAGGAUAAGACGACGGAGAACAAGCGCCGCAAGGUCGGGUACCUCCUCUUCGCCGCCCAGAUGGUGGGUGACGGGUGGGGAGAGAAGAUGUUUGGGAAAGAUGUUUGGAAGAAGAUCAAGAUCGAGGAGCCGUUGAAGCUGGCUAAACUGAAGAAGUAG